AUGGGGGCGCCCGACUUUUCCCUUUUAACCAUGAAGGUCUUCAAAAACCAGGGCCCGCCUCCUGCCACCCACGUGCCCGCCCUUGUUCAGGCCCUCGCGGAGCUCUCCAUUGCCGUCACGCACGACCAGCGCUCACCGGCUUACAUCCGUGAGCUCAUCAGAAAUACAUAUCGCGUCGAAGUGGACGUCGCUCCAUUAGAGCAUUUUCUGAAGCACAACGAUCAAGACAUCACUCGUCUACUCGAACCCUUCGACGGCGUCUCUGAUGACGAGGACCACGCCUUGAAUGCGCCCCGCACAUUUGCUCGCCGUGAACCGCUGCCCGAGCCUGCCGACUUUGAGCGCCUGGUGAAAUGGCAGUGGGAAGCCCAGGGUCGGCCCACGGGAUCUGUUGCUCAGCAGCUCUAUCAGGCCAUCUGCGUCCUUCUCCGGCACCGUCCAGAACACGAGCGUCGCUUCGAUAUUCUCAAGCGAGACAUCGAGCAACACCAUAAUGUCAUCGUCUCCCUGGCCAAGCUAAAGCUCUUUGUGCGUCAUGGCCUGAAUGACAUUGAAAAGCUCGGCUUGAAGCUCGACUUGAGGCAAAUGUAUAGGACGGCCGAUGAUGCCCAGAUCGCUGCGGUGGAUGAAGCCCCCGAUUUUAAGUGGCUCCGUGCCGACCAAUACAAGGAGCUGGGCCUGCCCGGUCGUAAAGCCGCUGGGCCCUUGAUCAAGGCCUUUGCCGCACAUCUCAUGAGCCUGCCACUCGAGUCCCGGACGGUAACGGCCCUAAUUGCCGAGGUUAACAGCAAGACCAAGGUCGUCAUGGACUUUCGUGCCGUGUCCGACUUUGUAGCCCUGUAUCUUGAGCCGAUUAACAAGCUGAUGGACUAUCAUGAGCCUCUGGAUAUGUCCAUCUUUGCUCCCCAGCGCACCUACAACCCGCGGAGCGUGCCACGCAAUCGCGGCGAAAAGCCGGUGUGGAUUGUCCUCGACCCUUCCAUUGGUCUGGCCCCAGGUGACGAGGUCCCAACCUAUGUCGAAAAGCUUGACGACACCCCUCGCGUGUUGAAGCGUGUCAGCGUUGAGUUUGACUUGAAGAAGCAACUCGGUGAUGUGGAUGGCCUUGAGGUGCCUUUGCGAUGCCAUCCCGAUUGCCGUUUCCCCAUUCCUCUGCAGCGUGAGGCCGCAACUCCUGUUCCUUUUGUAGUUGCAUCCGAUCUGAAGCAUGAUCAUGCAACGCCCUACGCCCUGAUCCUGACCUUUCAGUUUGACAAGGGGGUGCGCAGCCGCGUCACUACCAUCCUAUCUCUUCUGGACCCGGACUUGGCUCAAAUGCGCCGCGAGCGCAUUCCCUAUCAGCCCCCGGAUCGGCCUAUUCAUAAGGAAUAUGCUCACAAAACCUCGGGUACUCGCAUGAUCAGCGGUCAUGAAAUGCCCAAACCUAAGUUGGAUGAUCACCCUCUGCAAACUCCCGAUGAUUACACGCGGUCGAUUUUAAGCCGACCCGCCAAUGUCAAUGCCAUGGACCUGAAAGAUUAUGUGGCACGGUUCCACGGGUUACUGUACUUGGAGGAGAUCAAGUCUGCGCUGCACAUGCAACGCUACAACCAGCGCGACGUGCUCCUCACCCUUGAAGAGCAGUAUCUUCGUCUCGAGAUUCCCGGCCUCAGCGAAAAGCGGCCCUCCCUGCAGCCCAACGAUUGCAUCUCUCUCAUUGCAGACGAGAUAGAACACAAGGGCUACAUCCACGUUAUGGAGGCAGAUGCCGUUCAACUGUGCGUGCACAACAUCUGCUUGAACCAGUGGAAUCCCAACAAAAAAUAUGUGGUCAAGUUUAACCUCAGCCGAUUGCCCUUUAUGCGCAAGCACACGGCCCUCGACCUGCUCCAUGAGUGCCCCGCGGCCGUGCAACUUCUCUUGCCCAAGUAUUUUCCGGCCAGCGCGGCCUAUAUGCGCCAGGCCGACGGUGGCGAUGUCCACUUUAUUGAGGAGCGAGUCAAAAGCAUUCACUUUCGCAACGAGCGCCUGAACCCAGAACAACGCCUGGCUAUUGCCUCCAUUGUAGCGCGCACUGAAAAGAGUGCCGAGCAGCUGCCUCCCUUUUGCAUUUUCGGACCACCGGGCACAGGAAAGACAACCACUUUACUUGAAGCAAUCCUACAAGUGUUGGCCGUGAAGAAGACACCCAAAGUCCUGGUGUGCACCUCUUCUAACGCUGCUGCUGACCUGAUCUCACGUCGCCUGGGACCAGCUUGCAAGACCAACGGGUGGACCCUAUUUCGUGCCAAUGCGGUUCGACGCACCCUUGACACGGUGGAGCCCGAGGUCCGCGAGUAUGGCAUUUGGAACGCAGAUCGUAGCAUGCACGGCAUCCGCUGCCUACAUGACGUGCAAGUGGUUGUCUGCACGGCAAGCAUGGCUCCUGUCGUCAUGCACGAGGAACUUAGGUUUGGCUCUCCUUCACAUCUCUUCAUUGAUGAGGCUGGCUUUAUGGACGAGGCAGAGCUCGUGAUGACCGUCACUGCGGCAUACCAUGAGAAGCUGGAUUUGGUUUUGUGUGGUGAUCCUCGUCAACUGGGCCCUGUGGUGACCUCAGACUUGGCCUUGCAAGGCGGGCUCAACAUUUCGACCAUGGAGCGUCUCAUGGAGCGGCCACCAUACUUGCGCACGGACAGCAGCUCUAAACACAGCCCCUGGUUUCUUGUCAAGCUGAUCCGCAACUACCGCUCGCAUCCCCACAUUCUGCAUGUGUACAACGAGCUGUUUUAUGACGGUGAGCUCGUGCCUGAGCGCCCCUUGGCCGACUUGGACAUGGCCGAAUGGAAGCACCUCCCCAAUCCAGGAUUCCCGAUCAUAUUUCAUGGCGUCGUGGGCACACACUUGCGCGAUAAUCGCUCUCCUUCCUGGUACAACUUGGAAGAAAUCAACUGCAUUCGCGACCACGUCGUUGAGCUGCGCGCCUCUGGGCGCCGGGUUCGCUACUCAGACAUGGCCAUCGUCACCCCAUAUCAUCAGCAAGCGGAGCGCAUCCGCUUUGCACUGCGUCAAUCAUCUCGCCUCGCUGAAGAUCCCGAUGGUUCCACUGUUAACGAUAUAAUGAUUGGCACGGCCGAGAAGCUACAGGGCAACGAGCGACGCAUUGUGCUUGUUUCAACCGUACGCUCGCUGAAAACCAUCGAUUCACGCACGCUCUUGCAGACCUUGCGCGCUGAUAUGCGCCAUCACCUCGGGUUUGUUGGAGAAAAGAGCCGAUUCAAUGUGGCCGUUUCGCGAGCGCGCGAGCUGCUCAUUGUGGUGGGCAAUCCACGCGUGUUGUGGGUGGACGAGCGCUGGCGUUUCCUCAUUUCAUACGCGCAUCAACACAACGGUUACAUUGGUUGCAAGUUUAACGUGCACGAGGAAGGGUUGAGCGAGCUGGCCCGGUUGGAGCAAAGCUUGGCUGCCGACCUUUUUGAAGAUGAUUCAAGCGUCACCAGCGACUAGUUACUCGUGCUGCUCUUUGUCAACUUGUUUUUGACUGUAAAUGUCCAUGUCCUUGUUCUUGUUGCUCGUCCCCUAUUCUUCUGGCCGUCGCUGUUUCCGCGCUUUUCUCGUUGCUUCUGAUUUUGUUCUUAGUAUCGUCGUUGUUGACCCUUCAAGUGUUUGAGCUCGCCCUCAGGACACGUGCUCCUCCCCCUGCAACAACGAUAUGAAGAACGAUCUCAAACUCAAUAGAGCCCCUAGCCGUCC